UCCAUUUCUUUAGUGAUGAGACUAAAACAGAAGUAUCAGCGAAAGGUGGACGCUCAAUUAAUAGCAGCGGUAAUAAUGGUGAUCUUAAUCAAAAAGGAUCAGAUCGUUGGUUGAACAUGGUUAAAAAUCAAACUGGUCGUGUUAUGCAAGGUGGUACUGAUCUUAUAUUAACACCAGUCAAUUGGUUAACAAAUCUUACAAAUAAUUGGUAUUUGAAAAAAAAAUUGUUCAUCUUCAUAUAUUUGUUUGUUUGUUUAUUUGUAGGCCUCUCUAUCUUGUUUGUAUGACUAUCAUUAUGUGUUUGUUAGCUUUUUUUUAUUGUGCAUUUAAAACUUGUAUUGAAAAACAUCUCAUGCGUAGACAAAGUAUACCUUUACCAUUUGCCAAUUUUUUCAAACAUUAAUAUUCAUUUUAGUUGUAGUCGUAGUUCUUUUUUGUUUUAUCUUUUCAUUUUAGAUUAAAAAUGAAUCCAGAAAUGCGAACAAAUGAACGUAUUCUCAAUGGUCCCUUUUCAUCUGUUCAAGUGAAAAAUCAUCUCACUCAAAAUCAUAAUCAAAUUCAUAUGAAUCCAUUGAUAUCAUUACGAGAUUUUCAUCUACAUGCCAAUGCAUCGAAAAUUCCUCAAUUCAACAUCACAAAUAUUAUUCAACGACCUAUGAUUUUUCUUUUCAAAUCUCAUUCAAUCGUUC